CGGGCGGGGCGGGAGCGGGCGGGGCCGGGCGGAGCAGUGCGGGGCGCGCACCCGCGAUGACCAUCGGCGGCCCCCGCGGCCGGCACCGCCGCCUCCAGAUGCCCUGUCUGCGCAAGAUGGAGCGGAUGAUCGUCAGCAUGCAGGACCCCGACAUGGGCAUCAAGAUGAGGAACCAGCGCCUGCUCAUCACCAUCAUCCCCCAUGCCAUGACAGGGAAUGACAUCGUGGAGUGGCUCAUCCAGAAGUACGGCAUCUCUGAGGAGGAGUCGCUGCACCUUGGCAACCUCAUCGUGAAGCACGGCUACAUCUACCCCCUCAAAGACCCUCGCAGCCUGGUGCUGCGGGCGGACGAGUCGCCCUACCGCUUCCAGACCCCCUAUUUCUGGACCAGCACCAAGUGGCCGGCCACGGAGCUGGACUACGCCAUUUACCUGGCCAAGAAGAACAUCCGCAAGCAGGGCGACCUGAUCGAGCACGAGAAGGACAACUACAACCUCCUGCACAAGCGGAUCAACCACACGUGGGACUUCGUGGUGAUGCAGGCGCGGGAACAGCUCCGGGCGGCCAAGCAGCGGCGGAAGGGCGACCGCAUCGUCAUCGACUGCCAGGAGCAGGCGUACUGGCUCGUCAACCGGCCCCCGCCGGGAGCCCCCAACGUGCUGGAGCAGGGCCCUGAGCGCAGGAACUGCCACACCACCCGCGUCCAGCUGACCAAGAACAUGGAUUACUACAAGCGGGAGAUCGAGUACUGCAGGAAGGCCAUGGCCAGGACCAGGGUGAAGUCCUCCAUCUGCCUCGAGGGGUACAUCAAGUUCAACGAGCAGUACGUGCCCCACGACCCCAUCAUGUCUGGCUGCCUGCCCAGCAACCCCUGGAUCACGGACGACACCACGUACUGGGCCAUGAAUGCCCCCACGGUGCCGACCCCCACAAAGCUGCGCGUGGAGCGCUGGGGCUUCAACUUCAGUGAGCUCCUUACCGACCCCCUGGGCCGGGCACAGCUCCUCGAGUUCCUCAAGAAGGAGUUCAGUGCUGAAAACCUGAGCUUCUGGGAGGCAUGUGAGGAACUGCGCUAUGGGGAGCAGUCCCGCAUCCCUGAGAUCGUGGACUCCAUCUACCAGCAGUUCCUGGCUCCCGGGGCCACGCGCUGGGUGAACAUCGACAGCAAGACCAUGGAGCGGACACUGGAGGGCAUCAAGACGCCCCACCGCUACGUGAUGGAUGACGCCCAGAUGCACAUCUACAUGCUGAUGAAGAAGGACUCCUACCCGCGGUUCCUCAAGUCAGAGCUCUACAGGAACCUCCUGGCCGAGGCCGUCAUCCCCCCAGAGACCAAGAAGCGGGUCUUCCCCUUCAUGCGCAAGCAGCGGCACUCCAGCCCCAGCCCAGCCCUGCUCCUGCCAGCGGGCGAUGCCGAGGAGAGGAGCAGGGGUCCCGCGGCUGCCCCCGUCCCCGAGGAGGAGAGCUGAGGGCCCCGGUACCCCACCGACGUGGGACCCCCCCGGCCCGGUGCCCUCCAGCUCAGCUGCAGCCCCCUGCCCAGCACGCCCCAGCCCCGCCGCAGGACCCUGCCGGCAGUAGCACUGAAGGAAAGAAGCCAUACGCCCCCCCGGCAGCCCCCCACCCCUGGCCAGGCUGGCCCCCCUGCAGCCCCCGCUCACGUCCCUGCACCCUCCUCUCCCUUGGGGAGCCUGCACCCAGCCGGCCUGGUGCAGGGUCACCCCCCUUCAGCCCCCCGCCCCAGGCACAAGCCGCAGAGACAAUAAAGCCCCCAUGGGGAAA